GUAUUUUUUUCACCGGGGUCCGACAGGCCUUUAAUAUUUUUAAUACUAGCUGUUAAACCAAAAUAAAAAGUGGAAUAAAUGGAUUUUAACAAGGGGAGAAAAACCAGAACACAAUGAAAAAGGCGCAUGCAAUUGUGAAUAAGGACACUUGGUGGCGCUGCAGGCUAAGCGUAUGAAUAACGGGCUCAGCGCUGCGACUGCCCUGGAAGCCAUUACUAGGCAUCAGAACUUAGACUGGUCUGUUUCCUAAAAGAAGGUGGUAUUCAGGCUGGAUCUAGGAGAGCAAUCAUCAGAGAAGGCAUAGCUACAAUACCAAGUCAGUGAGUAAAUUUUAGUUCUGUUAUUUUGAAAACACGUGAGCGAAUUCGAACUGCACCUUUUGGAUCCAGUGUGAACAAUGGAGACAGCGCUCGCAAAAACGCCACAGCAAAGGCAAGUAGUUUUUCUUACUAUGUUGCUUUUGUGGGAGUCUGGCACCGAGGCAAUUAGAUACUCCAUGCCAGAAGAAUCAGAGACUGGCUACUUGGUGGCUAACCUGGAAAGAGAUCUGGGGCUCAGAGUGGGGGAGCUGGCCUCUAGAGGGGCACAAAUCCAUCACGGGAGAAACAAACAGCUCUUGGGGCUGGAUGCAGAGACCGGGAAUUUGCUAUUAAAGGAAAAGCCAGAUCGCGAGGUGCUGUGUGCGGCGACAGACCCUUGUGUGCUGCACUUCCAACUCAUACUGGAUAACCCUGUGCAGUUCUUCCAAACUGACCUGCAGAUCACAGAUGUAAACGACCAUUCUCCAGAGUUCCCUGACAGGGAAAUGCUUCUAAAAAUCCCUGAGAGUGCCCAACCAGGGACUGUGUUUCCCCUGAAGGCAGCUCAGGACUCUGACAUAGGGAGCAAUGCUGUUCAGAACUACACAGUCAGCCCCAACCUCCAUUUCCAUGCGGUCACUCACAGUCGCGCUGAUGGCAGGAAAUACCCAGAGCUGGUGCUGGACAGAGGCCUGGACAGGGAGGAGCAGCCUGAGCUCACUUUGACCCUCACUGCUGUGGAUGGAGGGUCUCCGCCCAGGUCUGGGACCACCACAGUUCGCAUUGAAGUCGUGGACAUCAAUGACAACGUCCCCCAGUUCCUACAGUCGCUCUAUGAGGUGCAGGUCCCUGAGAACAGCCCCCUUGGUGCCUUAGUUGUCACGGUCUCUGCCAGGGAUUUAGAUGCUGGGAUAUAUGGGAAUGUCGCCUACUCUCUGUUUCAAGGUGGUGGAGCUUCUCAACCGUUUGUAAUAGAUGAAGUCACUGGAGAAAUCCGUCUGAGCAAAGAGUUGGAUUUCGAGGUAACCAACCAUUAUAACAUAGAAAUUGCGGCCACGGAUGGAGGUGGCCUUUCAGGGAAAUGCACGGUGGCUGUACAGGUGUUGGAUGUGAAUGACAACGCCCCAGAGCUGACCAUUUCCAAGCUCUCAAGCCCUAUCCCCGAAAACUCCCUGGAGACUGUAAUUGUUGUUUUCAGUGUUUCUGACCCAGAUUCCGGGGACAAUGGAAGGAUGGUGUGUUCCAUUCAGAAUGAUCUUCCAUUUCUUUUGAAGCCCACAUUCGAGAAUUACUACACUUUAGUGACAGAGGGAGCACUGGACAGAGAGAGCAGAACUGAGUACAACAUCACCAUCACAGCCACCGACCUGGGCACACCCAGGCUCACAACCCAGCACACCAUAACAGUGCAGGUGUCUGACGUCAACGACAACGCCCCCGCCUUCACACAAACCUCCUACACCCUGUUUGUCCAGGAGAACAACAGCCCUGCCCUGCACAUAGGCACCAUCAGCGCCACAGACUCAGACUCAGGCUCCAAUGCCCGCAUCACCUACUCGCUGCUGCCCAGCCACGACUCGCAGCUGGCCCUGGACUCGCUCAUCUCCAUCAAUGCCGACAACGGGCAGCUGUUUGCGCUCAGGGCGCUGGACUAUGAGGCCCUGCAGACCUUCGAGUUCCGCGUGGGCGCCACAGACCAAGGCUCGCCUGAACUCAGCAGUCAGGCUCUGGUGCGCGUGCUCGUGCUGGACGCCAACGACAAUGCGCCCUUCGUGCUCUACCCGCUGCAGAAUGCAUCUGCGCCCUGCACAGAGCUGCUGCCCAGGGCGGCGGAGCCAGGAUACCUGGUCACCAAGGUGGUGGCUGUGGACCGCGACUCUGGCCAGAACGCCUGGCUUUCGUUCCAGAUGCUCAAGGCCACUGAGCCAGGGCUGUUCAGCGUGUGGGCUCACAAUGGCGAGGUGCGCACCUCCAGGCUGCUGAGUGAGCGCGAUGCUCCCAAGCACAGGCUGCUGCUGCUGGUCAAGGACAAUGGCGACCCUCCUAGGUCUGCCAGUGUCACUCUGCAUGUGCUGCUGGUGGAUGGCUUCUCUCAGCCCUACCUGCCUCUGCCCGAGGUGGAGCGCGACCCCGCACAAGACCAGGAUGCACUCACGCUGUACCUGGUCAUCGCCUUGGCAUCUUUGUCUUCGCUCUUCCUCUUUUCUGUGCUGCUGUUUGUUGGGGUGAAGCUGUGCAGAAGGGCCAGGGCGACUGCUCUGAGGGGCUGCUCUGUGCCUGAGAGACACUUUCCUGGUCACCUGGUGGAUGUCAGCCGAAUAGGGACGCAGUCUCAGAGCUACGAGUAUGAGGUGUGUCUGACAGGAGACUCUGGGAUCUCAGAUUUCAAUUUCCUUAAGCCCAUUAUUCCCAGUAGUCUGAUUCCAGACACACACAUGCUGAAUAGUUAAAAUUAUAGAAAUGACUUAGGUGUCUUUAAGAGAAAGAUAAAAUAGUAGUUGUUGGGAUGUCAAUUUUUUUUGGUAAUCUGUAAUAUUGCCCUGAGAUUGUUUUAUUUCUAUGUGGCUUCACUUUUAUGUCAUCAUUUCGUGCUUUAACUGUCUCCUGUCUGACUAACACAAUCUUAGUGUAUGUUUUCUCUUACUCAGAGGAUAGUAAAAUCUUCACUCUGUUAGUGACAACUUAGUUUUAUAUCUCAUUUAAUGUAGUGAAUUUGGUGAGCAAUGUAGAAUCACAAACAUUUCACAAUUUAUUUAUAACAAUUUCCUCUUGAGUUUUAGGAGGUAUUCUAACUAUCCAAUGUGCUAGGUUUAUUGAGAUGCUUGCAUACAUGCAGAUAACCCACCUGGUUUCAUCUUGUCUCUAACCUCCAGCCUCCCUGUUUGCUUUCUCAUUGCUCCUGAAUAACACCAAGAAGGGAAAGUUUUCUUCUCUUGUCCUUGUGUGUGCCUAUUGUUCCAUCCAUUUUCCUGUGAAUGAUGUAGGUUUUCAUUCUUCUUUAAGGACGAAUGAAGUCGCAGUGUGUGAAUUGGAGGUGUGACUCAGUUGGUAGAGUCCUCAGCAUGCACACCCCCCUGGCUUUGAGUAUCAGCAUCAUGUGUUACACUGAAGCUCCAUCUGGAUUAUGUGAGACUCUGUCUCUCAAAAACAAAAAAAAACUUCAUUUUGCAUCUGUUACAAUAAUUUUAAAGUGUUUUCUCUAUAGUCAACUAUGGUGUUAAGUACAAAUGAAAAAUGUUUUUUAAGGAAUAUAGUAAUUUGCAAUCCUUUUAGGAGCAAUAAGUUUAACUCAUUUCUUUAUUGACAGUAGUUAUCCCUUUUUUUGAGACAGGGUUUUGCUACAUUGCCCGGACUGUCAUGGAACUCACUAUGUAGACCUAGCUAGCCUCAAUCUCAUUGAGAUUUAUCUGCCUCUCUCUCUCCUGAGUACAGAGGUCCAACUCAUGCACCACCAUACCCAGAAGCAAUUAAUGUUCAAGAUUUCAUUUUUUUAUAUUGGCCUAAAAGCCAAAACCAUAGAUAAAUCUACUGGAUUACUUUUAUGCUUUUUUUUACUUCAUGGUUGUUGAAAGUGUAGUUACAGUGUACAGGAAUAAAUUAAGCAUUUUAAACUCUUGAGCAUUGUUUCCUUUUCAUGUGAUUUGGUGAGGUGUAUAGUUAGAUACCACUUUGUUAUGUAAAUGCUGAACUGUUGAAGUAAAAACCCAUGGGAUAAUUUUUUUUAAAGUACUACAGAAAGGACAGGAGUUCUGUUAAGCCCUAUUGGUUACUGAUAUCCAUUUCUCAUAUAUAUGGUAAUGCAGGAGGAAAAUAUCUUCUUAGUUUACUGUCAAUGUUCCUUCUGAUUGUAAUCUGACAUAGUUUAGGAUUGCUCAGAAUCUUGCUCAGAUAAUAACCUUUGAUCAGUAUUCUGCAUCACCAUUGUAAUAAAAAGAUGUAUGAAAAUGGGAAUUAGAGAACAAUAUUAUUGAGAAAGAUCCACUACAACAUAGAAUUAAAUCUAUAAGGAACCAAAA